AUGGCUGAAUCACUCGUUUUCAGCAUUGCACAGGGUGUGCUGGGGAAGAUAGCAUCGCCAGCGAUCAAAAAAGCCGUCAGAAUUUGCAACUUUGAAAAUCAGAUCCACGAACUUGAAAAUACGUUGACUGCCAUUUCCACCGUGUUGUUAGAUGCUGAGGAGAAACAGGCAAAGAACCAACGCCUGCAACACUGGCUACAUCGGCUUCGAGAUGUGUUGUACGAUGCGGAGGAUGUGCUCGAUGAAGUCGAUUGUGAAGCCUUACGAAAUGGGGUAAUCAGUCAGUAUGGGGGCGUCAAAGAGAAGGUACAUUGCUUCUUUUCUCUCUCUAAUCCGGUCAUAUUCCGUGCAAAAAUUAGUCAUAAGAUCAAGGAGAUCAAGGAGGCAUUAUCCAAAAUUUUCAUCGAGAAGAGUCAAUUUGAUCUUAAUAUGCGGAGUGUUGAGAAUGUGGUGGCGCAAAUGCCAUCACGAGAGAUGACUUACUCGUUUAUAAACAAGCUGGAUAUCGUUGGAAGAGAUAUCGAUAAACAAAAGAUAAUUGAGAUAUUGAUGCAGCUAGAUGACAAAAACCUCUCAGUGAUUCCUAUUGUUGGAAUAGGAGGUAUGGGUAAGACGGCCCUAGCUAAAUCAAUUUACAAUGAUGACAAUGUGGAAGCGCAUUUUCAGUUGCGACUAUGGGUGUGUGUACCUGAGGAUUUUGAUUUAAAAAAAACUAUUGAUGAAAUAAUCAAAGCAACUGGUCAAAGCUUGAGUAACCCCAACAUUCAGCAAUCACAAACCUUUCUGCAAAAAUCCAUCAAAGACAAGAAAUUUCUUCUAGUGUUGGAUGACGUAUGGAACAAUGAUCUCACUAGAUGGGACCGAUUGAAGGCUUUGCUAACCGAAGGAGCUAGUGGAAGCAAGAUAAUUGUGACAACACGCUCUUCAGAAGUCGCGUCUAUAAUGGGAACUCAUCCAGCACAUAAUCUUGAAGGUCUUUCUCAUGAAGACUCUGUGGCGUUGUUCAAAAAAUGGGCGUUCAACGAAAAUGAAAAGCAUCCAUGUGAUGAUCUCCUUGAGAUGGUAGAUGACAUUGUCAAUAAAUGUCAAGGAGUUCCUCUCCUUGUAAAAACUUUGGGGAGUCUACUUUAUACAAAUCACGAAAUAUGGUAUUGGGCACAUAUAAGAGAGAGCGAAACAUGGAAGUUAGUGGAAGAAAGUAAGGACAUUCUACUGGUUAUUAAGCUUAGUUAUGAUCAUUUACCAGUCCACUUAAAACGUUGUUUUGCCACACUUUCUCUUUUUCCCAAAGGAUAUGAAAUUGGGGCCUUAAGUUUAGCUAGGUUUUGGAUGGCUUUAGGAUUCAUUAGUUCGGGAAGGGAAAAAUUGGCCUUAGAAGACGUUGGUGUUGAGUAUGUCAAAGAGUUGUGGAAGAGAUCUUUGAUCCAAGAAGUUGAGAUGGACUUAAAUUUUACUUUUAAAGUGCACGAUCUAGUCCAUUCUCUUGCAAUGAUUGUGGCAAAAAAUGAUUGCGCUAUCGUUGGCUUGGCUACUACAGAGAUUUCAGAAGGAGUUCGGUAUGUUUCAUUCUCUAGCAUUUCAUUAGAGGGAAUCUCAGAUUUCGAUGGAGUCCCGCCUUUUCUGAGAAAGCCAACUUCAAAGAGGCUGCGUGCGAUUAGAUUUCCCUUCAGAGUUGAUGAUGGAGUUAUUACUAGAGAGUUUGCUAGAAUGUGCAUCUCCAAGUGUAAUCACAUACGGUAUUUGGGUUUGGCAUAUGGUAGUUUUGAGGAGCUGCCGAGUUCCAUAUGCAACUUGAAGCACUUGAGAUCGUUAUAUCUCGAUGAGAACAAGCGAUUGAAGAAGCUUCCAAACACCAUUUAUGAACUCCCAUGA